AUGGAUAAAGGUGCGAUUGGAUUUCCUGAGAACGACGAAAACCCCAAAUCCGCAAAUAAACAGAAUCGUGUGCCGGUUUUCUUGCCAGCGAAGUGCCCCGAAAACGAGUUGUAUUAUCCUGGAGAUCAGGAUUCGGAUUGGAUAUGCGACUGCCGACCAGGUUACUUGUAUCAUCCCGGUACUGACGCCUGCUGGCUGGCUUACAAGCGAGGCCCUUGCCCCGCGGGCCAGUAUCUGGUCCUGCCCAAGACUUCUGUGAUACCAAUAUGCGACAACAACCCCUGCAUAGCAGACAACCUAGUUAUGUGGCAAGGAAAGUGUGAGGUUCUCGGUGUGAUAGCACCAUGCGGUAACAAAUACCCCCCGAAGGCACUGUGGGGUGGCGUGCCGCGAUUACGUCAGUAUUUCAACCGCCGCGACGCGAUAACGCGAACUGUGGCACUAGCCCGCUACUUCGCCCGCCUAAUAACACUAAUAGUCAAGCCCAACUUCCACUCAAACUUGAGCCCC